GUUGUCUCAUCUGUCAUGCAGCUUACGAUCUAGGCACGCUGUGCGGUAUAUAUCUUCUCUUGCCUGAUGCCACCGACCAUACUAUGAAGAUAUCUGAUUACCAUGCACCUUGCAAAGCGUCGCUUUGAUGUGGUCAACGACCAACAAAUCAUUCUUCUUGUCAUACCUCCUAUCUUUCUGGCUAUAGCGACAGGCGUGGUAAUUGUGCGAUGGCGGGACAGGCAGGUGAAGCGAAUCAAUACCCUGGUUGAAGACAUUCUCUGCGUUUGUGGCCUGAUCAUGAGCCUACUUGUGGUUGUCAUAGUCUUUGUUCUCGUUCUUGUGGACGGCCAGGGGCUUAGUACUCAAGAAGUGGAAGCGCACUUUGGUGAGCGUCUGAAACAUCGCUUUUGGAUAAGGACACAAUUCGCCGUCGAUUACUGCUGGGCGACAUCGAUCACAGCUGUUCAGCUCUCUCUUCUGUGGUUCUAUGCUCGGAUCUACAGUACUCGCCGCUUCCUCCUCGUCUCGAUUUAUCUGAUGAUGGGUUCGGUGAUUGCGUGGUUCGUCUAUGCUCUCGCUGCAUGGGCAUACCACUGUCAUCCACCGGGUACUUGUACGUUGCCUAACAGGGGCAAUUGCAUAAGUAUUGGGUCGCUGCAUGUUGCGUUCAACGCUCUGAUCAUGUGCCUCGCAGUCCCAGCCAUCACGGAGAUGGAACUGACCUCCAAGCGGAGGAAGCUGUCCGUUCUUACGCUCUUUUUCCUGGGAACCUUUUGUACCGUCUGCGCUGUGCUACGUAUGGACUGUGUCUUUCCUUUCUUUGGAGACAUACAGUCGGACCCUAUCGGCGCGGCCUGGGGGCGUAUGCUUCUUUCACCGCUUGAGAUCGCUGUGGGCAUCAUUGCAUGCUCUAUUCCCACUCUUGCACCGUUCCAUAAUAGCUGGCAAAUCGACAGUAGCGAGUUGCCCCCGGGUGGAUUCUCGCAUGGCCUCCAACGGCUAAGAAUACGAUCGGACCAUGGCGGCUCUCCGUUGACACACCUACACCCAGCAAGUUGGGUCGGAAAAGAAACUUGGCAGAACCAUGCCUUCGUAACAUUAGAGAGUGGCGGAAAGUUCAGCGGAGAUCAUAUCGAGGUCACGAAGGAGUAUAUUGUUGUCCAUAAGACAUAAAUUGGCAUAUUCAAUGUUCUUGACCCAACUCUUUUCAUGAAUUACAUAAGAGUCCUCUGACGGGGACAAACAGUGGGGCGUUUCUGGGAUCAUAAGUCUUGAGACUUAACCUGCAUUUGGUAAAGGGCAAAGCACACGCAUUUUCG